CAGUAAUAUCAGCUCUCUAAGCGCAGUAAUAUCGGCUAACUACCCUAGCUAAGUAAUAUCAGCUAACUAAGCUCAGUAAUAUCAGCUCACUACCCUAGCUCAGUAAUAUCGGCUAACUACCCUAGCUCAGUAAUAUCAGCUCACUACCCUAGCUAAGUAAUAUCAGCUAACUAAUCUCAGUAAUAUCAGCUCACUACCCUAGCUCAGUAAUAUCAGCUAACUAAUCUCAGAAAUAUCAGCUCACUACUCUAGCUAAGUAAUAUCAGCUCUCUAAGCGCAGUAAUAUUAGCUCACUACCCUAGCUCAGUAAUACCAGCUAACUAAGCUCAGUAAUAUCAGCUCACUACCCUAGCUCAGUAAUAUUAGCUCUCUAAGCUCAGUAAUAUCAGCUCACUACCCUAGAAGAAUUGCUGAGUGAAGAUGACGACUGUUAUAAUGAUUAGUAGUGAUAAUUCCAUCAUUAUCAAUAACAGCCAUAACAGCACACUAGAGGAACACAGGAACUAUGAAUGGGAACCAGGACGGAUAAGGAGAGAUGAGAGUAAAACUUCUCCUGGCAUAUCCUCCCAAUCCUCCCAAGCUUCAGAGAACUUUGAAUCUGGGACUCCAGACUCAUCCUUCCUCACCCCACUUAAUCCCAGCAGGACUCGGAGAAUCGAGAGAACCAGAGAGAUUUUAAGAACCAAAGAUAAUUCGAAUCACCGAGUAAGAACGGAUGUAAGAAGGAGACAUGCUAACUCCUGGUUCGAGGGGGGUUCACGCGAGAAUAUCCGGGUAGGGAAUGAAGUACGUAGGACAUGUAGGGAGAGCAUUUACGGAGAACCUGGAUUUAGAAGGAUAGAGCUGAGAGGAGAAGAGAGACUGAUCAAGCAACCAACAGAUUCAGAUAUUGAAGAGUUCAAUAUCUCCAGUUCUAGCGCCGCUUCAACACUUAGUUCAAGAACAUCUGGAGUAUCAUCCGGGGCAACCUCUUCUACCAGCCGGGACAUGGGAACCUCAACCGGGGUAAACUCUAGUGGGAGCAGGGAUCCGGCCAAGGAAUCCCAAUACCGGAGAAAAUUUACAACAUUGAACAAACCCUCCCGUCCUACUCCUCCAAAGGUUUCAAGGACCCAGAGCUUUCAGUGCCUCCCAACACAGAGAUUAAUUCCAAGUGAGAAUUCAGCUUUUAAGGUUCCCGCUCUCCCCAGGUUUCUACAGAAGGAAUCUCAUCCAAACAAGUUUCUCACCUCGACCCCCAUUAGGGAUUCAUCAAUGGGCAACCGAUCAUUAGUGAAACAAAAGCAAAAUAUAAGAGUUCUCCGACACAAUAGCUUCCUAGCGAACCCUGAUCAUCAGGUCCCCUACCCACCUCUUUACACUAGAAACCCAACCCAGAGCUUACGCGGACUGGUUCCAGUGAAACAGGAUCCAGCCAGGACCAGAUAUCUUCAAACUUGUCUUUCUCCGGAGAACGGUCCCAGCGGCAAUAAAUACUACUUCAACCCUUCAGGAGGACUAGAUAUCAAGCCACAAAAUUACCAUAAGACAAGGUCUAUUGUUAAAUGCAGCCAAGAGACUGAAUCAAAUUAUAAUACUCGUUCUCUGGGAAGAAAUGGUUGGAUAUCAGGACGUGAGAGCAGCAAGCUUGGAUCAGAAACCACCAGCAACUUCUGUACACUUAGAAGACGUCAAUCCCGUUCCUCUCUUUCUCCGACGGACAAGUCCUCUUCCGAUCUCUCCGACAUGUCGGAGCUAUCUAGGUCCCUUCAGUCCAACGAGUCCAGUAAGUCCAACACCAACUCCAUGCAGUCCCUGUCAGAUCCGUGUCCGGAGAGCAGGGUUGACCUGAGUCCUAUGAAUGAUAAUUACUCCAAGAUUUAUUCACAACCCGGAGAAUCUUCGUUUACUAGUUCCAACUAUGAGAGUGUUUAUAAUACAGUCAACAAUAGGCUUCAACCCAUAGGUUCCGUUUUCCCGAGCGGAUGUCAUCGACACCCUGAGCGAUUUCCAAGAGCUGGGAACCUUGAUUCUAUCUGCUCCGACCUGGCCAGCUUAAAGACCGGAGAAUCUGAAACCCAGAGCUCACGUUCCUCUUUGAGCGGAGAGUGUUCCGAGUGCAGAACGAUUUGUCAUUGUCGUCUGAGCUCCUCAACCCGAACCUUAUCCAAUGAUUCCGGUUUAAUGAAGGAGCGGAGUGAAACCUCUGAUAUAGUGAGCGAAGACUCUGACUCCGUGUACAGAACUAAGAGCUGUGACAGGAUCGGCUCAAGGUCCGGGUUCAAGCAGAAGUUUAUCUCGGAGAAACCGAAUAAACGAAAACCCGUGAUGUCUCAUCUCUCCAACCUGUCCUUGCUCUCCGGAGGAGCAAAGCUGGCAGGACUGGUUGGAUCUGGGACGAAAAUUCUACGGAGACACACAACCUACAUCAGGAACCCUGGAGCAGGAGCAGAGGAGGUUAGAGUCAACUCUGGUCAUAUCCAUACUUGGAAUAGACAGGAUGUAGGCACCGGAGAGCUGAAAACCUCUUCAUUGCGGAGAAAUCUGAUCCGGCGGGCAAACUCAACCUACAGACUCUCACACCUCUUUAGAAAGGACGAGGAUGAAGAUAUUGCCGUCACUGAUUCCCAGAGCCUGGAUCGUCUCUCCAUCCAAACCCAGGAGGAGGAGAACCUUCUCCGUCCAAGAGGAAGAGUAGCGGACUGGGGGAAGGAUUUUGACAAUCUUCUCUCGGAUAAAUACGGUCUCUAUAAGUUUACCGAGUUUCUGAAACAAGAGUUCAGCCAUGAAAAUAUAUAUUUCUGGUGUGCUUGUGAGAAGUUUCGUCUGGUUGAGGACGGAAACGAGAGGAUGAAGGAAGGAAAGAGUAUCCUUGACAGACAUCUACGGUUAGGAGCUUGUGAUCCUGUAAACCUAGACGCAGCUACAGGAUUGAAACUUAUCUCGGAUGAACUCCUGGAGCCCCCGGAGAGAGAUCUUUUCCUUUCAGCCCAGAACCAGAUUUAUAAUCUUAUGAAGUUUGACAGCUACCCCAGGUUCCUCAAAUCUCGAGUGUAUACGGAGUGCGUGAUAAGAGAGAUGAAUGGAUCUAGUCUCAACGAGGUUGAAUUCUCUGGUAUAGAUAAUGAGCCCCCAUCGGGAACAGAUACAGGAGUUAGGCUCAGACAUCGAAAAUACAAGGACAGGGAAAAGAAUAAUCGUCUCUCUAUAUUCUGGGAUACCUGGGGGCGGAAGGACGGGGACGAUGUGUUGUCUGGUGAGAAGAGGGAGUCUGCGUGUACUCUGACACGUGUGAUCCUACCCAACGGAUCUACGAGCGUGGUAAACACUACAUCCGGAGAAUCCAUCCGAGCUCUAGUAUCCAGGCUUAUUGAGAAACGAGGCCUGAAAAUCUCAACCUUCGAAGUUAUCACAACCUUGGGAGAGAAGCAGCUUGAUCUCUCCGAGGACUGUGAUAUCCUCGGCUGCUCUGAGGUCAGGGUAGAGCAGAGGAUCUGUUUUAAACUUGAAAUCCCAGGGCAAAGAACCCUGGCGGUGAAAACUAAAAUUUACAAAAGAAUUCAUGAAGUUCUCUCCCCCUUACUCAAACAGUACGGAUUAGAUGUGAGUGAUUCGAGUGUAUGGAGUGAGGAUGGGAAACAUAUAAAUAUUGAUGAUGAUGUUGCAACAAUAGAUAAUAAGAAGCUAGUUGUCAGGCCUAGUCGUGAUAUGUCUGCUCCUGAAAACAAAGAUUCCACUAAGGAUCCCGAAAUGUCGCUGUUUGAAGGGUUGCAAAUAAUGAGGCGAGGAAGGUUAGAGGAUCAACGUGGAACAGAGAUAAGUUUUGAGAUUCCGGAUUUUUUAAAGAUUACGAAUAGUUCUUCUCAUGGAGCUCGGAUGAACCACCCAGCACGUUUCAACAAGGACAAUCUUCCCCGUAAUAAUAUCUCUAGAGAUCUAUUCAAUGAUUCUAGUCCCACACUUGGAUUCGUCUAAACAUACGAAAUAAAGGAAUUGUCAUCAAAGGAUUUGAGUAUUUGCCACAAACUUUGAUUUUCUAAUUCGUAUAUCUUUGCA